UCGUUUACAGUCAGUUAAAACUUUACUUUCGAUAAAAUGCUCGUUUUACUUUAAAUCUACAAUAAACCGAAUUUUUGUCAAUUAAAAAAUGAUGUCGGCUGAAAACCAUCCUUAUAGACGUUUGGAAAGUGACGUUACAAAUGAAAACAACAGGUGCAAAGACAAAAUGGGCGAGAAGCUGGACAAGUUCCUCCUCCUUAUGUGGAAAAAUUGGCUGCUGCAAUAUCGUCGGCCUGUUCAAACAUUAUUCGAAAUCUUAGCCCCGGUGUUAUUCUCUAUGCUCCUGGUCCUCAUCAGGGGGCUGAUAGAUCCUGAAUUUCACGAGGAGUUGAUCUUUGAACCCUUCUGUACGAUUCCCAUUGACGACAACGUCAUAAGCCUGUGUAAUCGAAGUGAUGGACCCACCGAAGAAAUGAGUCUUAAUAGAAUAGACUUUCGGUUUCUUAACAAGUUAAGACCAAGGAGCGACGAUGGCAGUGACAGUGACACACUGAAUCUCACGGCUUUUUCUAUGGUCUACUCACCAAGAAGCGAAGCUUUAGCCGAAGCUAUGAGCAUCUUUGGUUUAGUUUUUGGAGACGUUCAACAAUUAGAAGAUUCUAAUGCCCUUUCUGAAUAUUUUCAGUUCAAUUCGACCAAUAUGACCUUUGCUGGGAUAGAGUUCGAUGACAGUUACAAAGGCCUUACAGAUCUAAGCACGAUAAAUAACAUUAAGGUUUCCAUAAGAUUUCCAGGAGAGACAAGGCUGCUGAUAGACUCACUCGGUGUGAACAAUUGGAGGACCAACCUUAUUUAUCCCAUGUACCAGACACCAGGACCUAGGCAGUACAACUUGAACACCGGUGGCGCGCCUAGUUAUUACGGAGAAGGUUUCUUAGCCCUUCAGCAUUUUCUGACUCUCGCUUUAAUUUCCGCGAGGAAUAACGUUGGAACAACUGUAGGAGAAAUCAUAACUUUCCUCAUGGACACUCCUAUAAUCAGCAUGAGAAGGUACCCUUACCCCGGAUGGUACGAGGAUCCCUUGCUGACUCCUAUGAUCUCCAUGUUGGGCAUGAUAAUGAUGUUGAGCUUCGUGUAUACUUGCAUCAAUACAGUUAAAUCCAUUACUACCGAAAAAGAAAAACAGCUCAAGGAAUCUAUGAAAAUAAUGGGGUUAGCCAACUGGUUGCACUGGACGGCCUGGUUCCUGAAAUCGUUUAUAUUCCUCUUUAUAUCAGCGAUCCUUAUCGUAAUUCUGCUGAAAGUCCGAUGGUUCCCAAGCUCUGAGUUCACCGUCUUCACGCAUACCGCCCCAACAGUGAUGCUUUUCUUUUUGAUCUUCUACAUCUGCUCGACCAUCACCUUCUGCUUCGCCAUUAGCGUCUUCUUUUCCAAAGCUAAUACCGCUGCGACUGUAGCUGGUCUGGCUUGGUUCGUGUCCUACGCUCCUUACCUCUUCAUGCAGCAGAAUUAUGACAGUAUGAGCUUGAGCGCCAAACUUUUGGGAUCCUUGGGUUCCAACAGCGCCAUGGCUUUCGGUUUUCAGAUGAUGCUGAUGUACGAAGGUACAGGAGAAGGUGCUCAAUGGAGUAACUUAUUCACUCCGAAUAACCCUGAUGAUGGGCUGUCCUUGGGUUUGAUAAUAAUCAUGCUAACAGUUGACACAUUUUUAUACCUAUUUAUCGCUUUGUAUGUCGAGGCUGUAUUUCCAGGGGAAUAUGGAGUACCUCAGCCUUGGUACUUCAUGUUCACGUCCAAUUACUGGUGUGGCCCAUCAAAAAAUAUAGGAGUGGAUGACCACAACAGCACCAAUCCAGUGGCAAGCGAAUUCUUCGAGACGGAACCUCGGAACUUGCGCACCGGUGUGCAAAUAAAAAACCUGCGCAAGGAGUUCAACAAAAACGCCGCCGUCCAAGGACUAUCUCUCAAUAUGUACGAGGACCAAAUAACCGUCUUGUUGGGUCAUAACGGCGCCGGAAAGACAACCACCAUGUCUAUGCUCACGGGAAUGAUAACUCCCACAGCUGGUACAGCCACAGUCAAUGGUUACGACAUUCGAACUGAAAUGGACGGCGUAAGGAACAGCCUAGGUCUUUGUCCGCAACACAACAUCAUCUUCGACGAUUUGACGGUGUCGGAACACUUGUACUUCUUCAGCAAGUUGAAGGGUCUUCGAAAAAACGAAAUUAAAGCUGAAAUCGAUAAGUAUGUGAACCUGCUGGAGCUGGAAGACAAGAGAAGCUCUAAAUCUUCGACACUGUCCGGUGGAAUGAAACGAAAGUUAUGCGUGGGAAUGGCACUAUGUGGUAACUCCAAGGUGGUGAUGUUGGACGAACCUACGGCUGGUAUGGAUCCUUCGGCAAGAAGAGCUUUAUGGGAUCUCUUGCAAUGUCAGAAAGAAGGGCGUACAAUGUUGCUGACUACUCACUUCAUGGACGAAGCUGAUCUCCUUGGCGACAGGAUUGCAAUAAUGUCAGGUGGAGAACUGCAGUGUUGCGGUUCCAGUUUUUUCCUUAAAAAGAAAUAUGGGGCGGGCUACAGCCUCAUUCUAGACAAGUCACAAAGCUGCGAUGUGACGAAAGUUACUGAACUGUUGCAAAGACAUAUUCCUGGCAUUAAAAUACACGGUAAUAUCGGAUCAGAAUUAACGUAUCUGCUAACGGAAAAUCAGUCGUCUGUAUUUGAACCGAUGCUGAAAGACCUAGAAGACAAUUCAGAGAGAUUAGGGGUUUUCAGCUACGGUAUCUCCUUGACGACUUUAGAAGAGGUAUUUAUGAAAGUUGGUGCUGACCAUGGCAUGGUAAAGAGAGCGUUAGAUGGUCCUGACGGAGAUGGUAUAAAUCACGACGCCACCUAUAGAAACGAAGAUAUGCCGAAUGGAGAAGCUAAAAUAAACGUUGGGUUACAUGACUCAUAUACCGGCGGAUUGAACUUAUUGAUCAACCAAUUCUUUGCCAUGCUAAUGAAGAAGUUUCUAUCUACAUACCGAUCCUGGAUUCUGCUGGUGAUCCAGAUACUUAUGCCUGUUCUCUUCCUCAUCAUCACCAUAAUAGUUAUGCGGAAUAUGCAGAAUACAGGAAGUUUACCAGCUUUACCCAUGGAUCUCGCCAGGUUUGAUAAUCCAGUGGUUUUGGUGGGGAAUAUUUCAGAAUCGACUUACGCGGAAACGUAUUUAAACGUUUUGAAUGACUUGAGUUAUAAGACAGAAAUGACUAACAACGUAAUAGACAGGAUGUUACACCUGACUGCGGAAGUACCAGUUAGGGUUCGAUUGAGCUACAUAGUAGGUGCUUCUUUCGAUGUCGAAUAUAUUGAGAAUGUAAGUGUUCCUCACAUAACCACCUGGUUCAAUAACGAUCCCUACCACUCACCUGCCAUAUCCUUGGGGUUGGCUCUGAAUACCAUGUACAGGCAAAUGUUAAACUGCCCCGACUGCUCCAUCACAUUUACAAAUCAUCCCAUGCCGUUUACUGCAGAGACACAGAUUCAACAGAUGCUUUCCGGUCAAGGUAUGGGUUUCCAGAUAGCCUUCAAUAUAGGAUUCAGCAUGGCGUUCGUCGCCUCGUUCUACGUGCUCUUUGUUGUUAGGGAAAACAUUUCCAAAUCUAAACAUCUGCAGUUUGUUUCUGGAGUGAAGGUAUUGGUGUUCUGGUUAACAUCGGCGCUGUGCGACAUGUUUACUUACAUAGUGACUAUUAUCGUGGUUUUGCUGACUCUGUUGGCUUUCCAGGAGGACGGAUUUAAAACUGCAGAAGAAAUAGGCAUCAUGUUCCUGAUAUUCUUUUACUUUGGUUGGGCCUUCUUACCGUUGAUGUAUAUCUCAGGAUAUUUCUUUGACGUCCCCUCAACAGGUUACACCAGGAUGACAAUGUUUAAUACCUUCACAGGUGUGGCACCUUACUUAGUGGUGCAAGUCAUUUCCACUACAGGCUUAAACCUGGAAUAUAUUGGAGAUACUCUCCACUGGGUAUUCCUGGCUCUACCGCACUACUCCUUAAGCACAGGGAUUAAUGAUUAUUACACGUUUUUCUCGUUCAAAAACAUAUGCGAUCAAUGUAUUAACGACGUCUGUAACAGCACAUCUCCUUUGUACAACACCACUUGUAGAAGAGUUGAAGAGAGCUACUUCAGAUGGGAAUCCCCUGGCAUUGGCAGAAAUUUGCUCUAUUCAUUCAUCGGAGGUGCGAUUCUAUUUCUUAUCCUGCUAACUAUCGAAUUCAAGGUAUUUUCCAGGAUAACUUACUACAUAUCACAAACCUACUUCCCCAAACGACCAAUAGAAAUAGUAGACGAAGAUAAUGACGUGGCGGAAGAGAAGAUGAAGAUCAGAAACUCCUCUCAACAGGAACUGUCUAAUAACUACACCCUGAUUCUUCGUGACCUCACCAAGUACUACAAAAAUUUCCUGGCAGUGAACUCUUUGUGUUUAGGAGUGCAGGACUCUGAGUGCUUCGGCUUGCUAGGAGUUAACGGCGCCGGCAAGACCACCACGUUCAAAAUGAUGACCGGAGACGUGAGGAUCACUUACGGAGACGGUUGGGUGAAUAAAUUCAGCAUGAAGAACCAAAUCAAGCAAGUACAGAAGUCUAUAGGGUACUGUCCCCAGUUCGACGCACUCCUGGACGACAUGACUGCUAGGGAGACUAUAACUAUGUUCGCCUUGCUGAGAGGGAUUCGUUACAGCGAUUGUAAGGAGUUGGCAGAGACUUUGGCGAGAGAGUUCGAUUUCCUACGGCACCUGGAUAAGAAAGUCAAACAACUUAGUGGAGGAAACAAGAGAAAGCUGAGUACUUCGAUUUCCUUAAUCGGAGAUCCACCUGUAAUCUACCUUGACGAACCCACCACAGGUAUGGACCCGGCGACGAAACGCUACCUCUGGAACGCACUGUGCAAGAUCCGCGACAGCGGCAAAUGCGUGAUCCUGACCUCCCACAGCAUGGAAGAGUGCGAAGCUCUGUGCACCAGGCUGGCCAUCAUGGUUAACGGCCAUUUCAAAUGCCUCGGUUCCACGCAGCACCUCAAGAACAAGUUUGCAGAAGGAUACACCCUCAUUAUUAAAAUGAGGAAGUUGGAGGAUUCCACCCAGCAGCACUACGAAACGGAACCGGUGGAGGACUUCAUAAAGGAACAGUUCCCCAACGCCACGCUCAGGGAAAAACACCAGGAGUUGCUGAACUACUAUGUGACCGAUAAGUCAAUCCCGUGGUCGCAGAUGUUCGGUAUAUUGGAGAGGGCGAAACGGACACAUAGUAAUAUAGAGGAUUACUCUCUAGGACAAAGCAGUCUUGAACAGGUGUUUUUGACGUUUACCAGACAACAAACUUAAUUUAUUCUUAUUGAGAUAGACAAUUAAGAGUGCCUUGGCAACAUAAUAAUGUAUUGUGAUACGUGUAUACGAGUAGUCCCAGCCGUACUGUAUUAUUAUUAUUAUCAUUAUUACGAUAAGUUGAAAAUAAAUUUUAUUUUUUGGUUUAUUAA